CCAACAUCAUUCAUUCCUCCCGGGAGGUUCUCUAGAUAACCGUUCGCUUUGUUUGAUAGCUACAUCUAUUCUACCACCAUGCGUUUGGGAACCUUCUCGCUGCUCGCUCUGGGAGCGACCUCGGCGAGCGCACUCCGCGAUACCUCUCCCUUUUUCCUUGCAUCGACCUCCGAGGUCCUUUCCACGUCGGCACACGUCAAGACCGCACCCUCCAUACUAGAAGAUCUUUCCACCGGGCUAAGCGGUUGCCCUUCCGACUACUAUGUCAUCGCUUCUCAGCCCGGUGUGCAUAGCACUGACUUUGCUGCCCGCAAGUCUGCACCGCGCCUGGGCGCAAAGAUGACGGGGAAGGACAAGGCGAUCCGGUCAAAGAUGAUCAUCAAUGAGGUUGUGGGUGCGCUGGAAGCGAAGGAAAUCCAGAAGUUGCUCGAGAAGGAGUGCGGGGCCGAGUCGACUGUGGUCGAUGCUUCCUCUGGUACUUUCUCUGCCGACUUUGGUGAGGAGCCGCGCGUUAUCCUCAUUGACUUCCCUGUUCUGCCUCUGGGCUCUGAGCGGAAACACCAGCUUCUAGACAAUGAUGGUCUGCUCUCUGAUGUCAUUGAGCGACUCCCAGCGUCGAAGGGCUACACGAUCCUCUAUGUCACUUCACCCAAGGAAUCUGAAAACUCGGGUGCCGAUUUCUACCAGUCGGAGGAGGACCCCAUCCAUAUGGACCUCAAGCGCGACUACUCCGCUCAUGGUAGUCAGGUUACUGCGUCCAACAAGACGCUCUUCCAAGAAUACCAGUUCCUCACCCCAGGCCUUUGGAUGGGAUUCCUUGCGACCCUCGUUUUCCUGAUUAUCUUGUAUGUUGGAUUGGCCGCUCUUAGCAGCCUGGAGGUGCCCUAUGCAGCGUUCGAAAAAGAUACGUCCGCGAGCGUGCAAAAGAAGCAGCAGUGAUUCAAGGUUGUGCUUCCAAGCCCUUGUCACUCGGGUUGCUUUUCUUCCAUACCUUGCUAUGCUAUGAAUAGGCUGUAUGUCAGUGAACCGGCGUUGACUUCUUUGUGGAAUCUAUCAUAUUGUACAAGUGCAUACUACCCCCUGCGUGUCUGUUGUGGGCCUACCUACCACCAUCUGAUCACGAAUUCAUGACAAAUCCUGGUGUUCCC